CCUCCUCACCACCACCUCACCUCACCACCACCUGACCACCUCACCACCUCCUCACCACCACCUCACCACCACCAAGAUGGAGGCGGCUGCUCGCUUUGCCUCUCUCUUCGGCCGCUCCAACGGCGUCGUCAUCGCGAUGAUCCACGUGAAGGCGUUGCCAGGCACCCCGAGAAGUACGCUGCCCAUGGCGGACAUCAUCGCAGAAGCACGGAGGGAGGCGGAGAUAUACAAAGCAGUCGGCGUGGACGCGGUGUUGGUAGAGAACAUGGGCGACGUUCCGUACGUGGCCGGGUGUCCGGGCCCCGAGGUGACUGCGGCUAUGACGGCGGUGUGCUGCUCGCUGCGCCGGGCACUGCCCCACCACCCACUCGGGGUGCAGGUCCUGGCUGGCGCCAACCACCAGGCGCUGGCCGUGGCGCUGGCUGCCGGCCUGGACUUUGUGCGAGUGGAGGGCUUCGUGUUUGCCCACGUGGCCGACGAGGGGCUGUGCCAGGCCGCCGCCGGGCCGCUGCUUCGCGAGCGACGGCGCCUCGGGGCCGACAGAAUCCUCCUCCUUGCCGACAUCAAGAAGAAGCACAGUGCCCACGCCGUCACGGCCGACGUGGGGGUGGUGGACACGGCACUGGCUGCCCAGUUCUUCCUGGCUGACGGCGUGGUGCUCACCGGGCGUGCCACCGCCUGUGCCACCAGCGCCACGCAACUCGCCGAGGUGCGGGCGGCGGUGGCGCUGCCGGUGCUGGUGGGCUCGGGCGUGACGCUGGCGAACGUCGGCGACUACCGCGGAGCGAGCGGCCUGAUCGUGGGCUCGCACCUCAAGCGUGGCGGCGCCUGGCACGCGGAGCUGAGCCCACAGAGAGCAGGGGACUUCAUGGACGCCGUGCGGGCCGUGCGAGGCGCUGGUGGAGGCGCUGGAGGCGCUGGAGGCGCGGGCGCUGGAGGCGGUGGAGGCGCUGGAGGCACUGGAGGCGCGCUGGAGGCGGUGGAGGCACUGGCGGCGGAGGCGCUGGAGGCGCUGGCGGAGGCGCUGGAGGCGCUGGAGGCGGUGGAGGCGGUGGAGGCGCUGGCGGAGGCGCUGGCGGAGGCGCUGGAGGUGACUCGUAGGGGAACGAUUCGUUAG